AUGAAUGCAAAUAUUGGUGGUGGUAUGAAUAAUAAUAAUAAUAUGGGAAUGAAUAACAAUAAUAUGGGAGUGAAUAACAAUAAUAUGGGAGUGAUGAAUAACAAUAUGGGCGUUAACAAUUCAAAUAACUUUGGUGCAAAUAAUAAUAACAAUGUAAAUAACUUUGGUAUGAAUAACAAUGUGGGUGGUAAUAGCUAUGAUAGUUUUCCAUCACUUCAAGCACAACUUAAUAAUUUAAACAAUUUUAAUGGGUUAAAUAAAAUGAACAACACAAAUAACAGUAAUAAUAUGAAUAAUAUGAAUAAUAUGAAUAAUAUGAAUAAUAUGAAUAAUAAUAUGAAUAAUAUAAAUAAUAAUAUGAAUAAUAAUAUAAAUAACAAUUUAAGUAACAAUAAAAAUAAUGGUUUACUUAGUCCAAUCAACAAUAAUCCAAAUAAUACUCCAAAUAGUAAUGUUAAUAACAAUAAUGUUAAUAAUAAUAAUAAUAAUUCAUUCUAUAAUUCGAAUAACAAUAUGUUACAAGGUUUCCCAAGUAGAUUGCCAUUCUCUGAACAACAGCAACAAUCAGCAAAUACCACACCUAAUACAUCAUAUUUAAAUGUAAAAGGCGAAAUUCCACCAAUUAGCAACGAGUCGAAGGCACAAUAUAUAAAUGUAUUUUAUAAAAUUGGUGCUGUUGAUGGAACAAAACUUCCAGGAAGUGUAGCUAAACCAAUUUUCCAAAAAUCAGGUUUAUCAAAUGAAGAUCUUUCAAAGAUUUGGAAUUUAUCAGAUAUCGACAAAGAUGGUUGCCUAUGCGAUCAAGAGUUUAGCAUUGCAAUGCAUUUAAUCUAUGCUGUAAAAAAUGGAAUGUCCAUUCCCGCUGCCCUACCAAAACAUCUUAUACCAGCAUCCAAAGUAAUCUAUAACGUUUCAAAUCCAUCAAAUAAAAAUGAUUGGCAAACAUUUGACCAAGCAACUAUUCAUUAUAACAACAAUAACAAUAAUAACAGUAAUAACAACAACGUAAUACAAGCCCAAUUCCAACAACAAAAUUUUCAACAAAACCAAUUUUUUACAUCAACACCAUCAAGCGAAUUUAUUCCAUCAAGCUAUGUUCCAAAAUCCAAUGUUCCAGGUAGCGCAAUUACCUUUGACCAAAGAGUUGCUUUAUCAUCUGAUCUUGAUGCUGCUCUUGCCAAAAGAAAACAAUUUCAAUAA